UUAUUCUAACAGAAUCAUCCACUUUUGCUGCCUGCCACGACGUGGCCUUUGCUUCAAGGCAAUGUCGGCUGCUGCUGCACAAGAGCUGGUCAAAAAGGCGGACUCAAAGCUGAAAGGAGGUGGUGGUUUGAUGGGAUACUUCACGGGAGGUCCCAAAUACGACGAGGCCAUCGAAAUCUAUCAGCAAGCCGCCAACCAGUACAAGAUGGCCAAAAUGUGGCAAGAGGCUGGCGACUGCUUCGUUCAAUGCGCCCACUGCGCGGAGAAGGGUGGCUCCACUUCAGACCAGGCCAACUACCUCUCAGAGGCUGGCAACGUGUUGAAGAAAGUGUCCACUGCAUCUGCAGUGGAACAAUUCGAGAAGGCCAUUGGCAUCUACAGCGCUGCUGGGCGUUUCCAACAGGCGGGAAAGCUGUUGUUGUCCAUCGCGGAACUCUUUGAGGCCGAAAGGUUGCAACACAAAGAGUGCAAGGAAUUCUACAAGCGAGCAGCUGAGAUGUUCGAGCUCGCUGAUCACUCCGAAUCCAAUUUUUCCAAGUGCAACCUGAAAUACGCCGAAUAUGCGGCCAAGGACGGCGACCUGCCUGAAGCCAUUCGGAUCUUUGAGUCCGAAGGCGAGAAAGCCUUGGGAAAGACCUUGCUGCAGUUCGGCGCCAAGGAGCAUUUCCUCAAUGCUGGCAUUCUGCAUUUGGUAGGUGGUGAUAGCGUCACGGUGAAUCUGGCAUUGGACAAGUAUCGGUCGCUGGAUCCGCGUUUCGCCAGCUCCAGAGAAGGCGAGUUGCUGGGUGAUUUGGCACAGGCCUUUGAGAACAGCGACGUCGACGCCUUUGUGGAGAAACUCUCGGAUUUUGAUGCCAUCAAGCCUCUAGAUGCCUGGAAGACGGAGUUCUUGGUGAAGGCGAACCGCGACAUUGUCCUCGCCGCUGUCGCCAACGACGGAUUUGCCGUUCGCCAUGCCUCCGAUGCCUUACGAGCAGACCGAGAGGUGGCCUUGACGGCGGUGCGCACCAACGGCUCGGCGGUGCAAUACGUGGCCGGCUGCCUGGCUGAGGACCGCGAAGUGGCCCUCACUGCCGUUCGCAGUAGUGGUGCUGCUUUGAGGUACGUGGUGCCAAAGUUUAGGAGCGACCGCGAAGUGGUCCUUGAGGCCGUCCGCAGCUAUGGCCAGGCGCUGAAAUUUGUGGACGAGCAGCUGCGCUGUGACGAAGACGUGGCGCUGGCGGCGGUGACCUCGGACUUCACGGCCUUCCAACACGUGCCGCUGGCGUUGAAGGCCAAUCGGCUCAUCGCCCUGGCGGCGGUGAAGCAAAGCGCACGGAUCUUCAAGAGCCUCCCGGAAGAUGUCAAGGCGGAUCGCGAGGUAGCUUUGGCAGCGGUCAGCAACGAUGGAUUCCUCCUCACCCUCAUCACGCCCAAGUUGCAACAUGAUCGUAAUAUCGUUUUAGCUGCGGUGAGCAACAGUGCGGUGCUUGCUUAUGCAUCGGAAGAGAUGCAAGGAGACCGGGAGAUUGUGCUGGCAGCGGUGCGUCACGAAGGCACCAUGCUCCAGUUCAGCUCAGGAAAAUUGAAGUCAGAUGCAGAAGUCGUCUUGACUGCGGUGAAGUGCAACGGCUUUGCCAUCAUUUAUGCAGAUGGAAAACUUCGAGCUUGCCGAGAGGUCAUGCUGGAAGCGGUCCGCAAUAGCGGAUCGGUCUUGCAGUGGGCUCCCGCACAGCUCAAGGAAGAUCUACAGGUGGCACUGGCAGCAGUGGCCAGCAAUC